AUGAGUUCUCACGCUACCACAACAAACUUCUUUGUGGAUGAGUUGGAAAAGUUAAGAAAGCUUCAUCCAAGUGUGUCAAUCAUCUAUGCUGAUUACUAUGGAGCUGCUACGGAAAUCUUCGUUUCCCCUUAUCAGUUUGGUAUCGAGGAUCCUUUGGUGGCUUGCUGCGGUGUAGAAGGGCCUUAUGGUGUGUCAAUAACCACAAAGUGUGGACAUGGAGAAUACAAGAUGUGUGAUAACCCACAAAAGUAUGCAUCUUGGGAUGGCUUGCAUCCCACAGAAACGUCAUACAAGGCCAUUGCUGAUGGUCUGCUAAGAGGUUCAUACACUCAGCCUCCAAUUGCCACCACAAAAAAUUCAUGUUCAAAACUUACCAAGUUUGUCUCGUCUGCAGAGUACAAGGUUCUCUAUGAUAUGUAA